AUGGCUGGAUCCAUGGUAGGGGAUGCUGCUCGGCGGAUGUUCAAUGGAUGGACAAGGUCGCGACAAGAUGGAAUGGCGAUUUCAAAUAGGGAUGAAAAAGGUCGACGAUUAUCAUUAGAUAUGUCAUCAUCGUCUUCAAUAUCCCUGUCUCCUUCCGAACCCGUGGAUUAUACAGCACCACGAUUAUAUAAAAAGGCAUCGAAUUCUCGUUUGUCAUCUCAUAGACGUCCGAAUUCUCGUUUAAAGGCACAAACACUUUCACCAAUAGAUGAUAAUCCAUCAACAAUUUCAUCUAAUGAAGAUCAACCGAUCGAUCAAUCCAAUGAAACAGAUGAGUCAAAAACAACAGUGACGAUAAAUGUUUCAGACCCUCGAUCGGAACAUCAAGAAAUUAAUUAUGAAAUUGAUGGUAUUCCUUCAAAUCAGCUUAAUCAAAAUUUUGAAGGAACUCAAUCUAACAAUCAAGAAAUCAAUUCGAGAAAUGAGACAUGUUUGACAAAUAAUGAUGGGACAAAUAGUCGCAUAACCUUUGAUGCUUUAAUCCCACCACCCAUACCUACAACGAAUAACAUAUCGGCAACAUUGCAUAAAAAAAAUUCUAAAUCACGAUUAAAAGCGCAUCGACCACAAAAAGAUCAAACAUUAAAUGUUACAACACAGGAAAGUGAAGGGGAACUUGAAUCAUCAUCUAUACCGAAUACACCAAAAAAUUCGAGCGAGAAUAAUAAUCAAGAAGAAAUUUUUGUAAAACCUGGGAAUAGGAGACGCCGAAGAAAAACCAAGAGUUCUAAAAAUAAUCCGCAGCAAAAUUCACAAGAAAGUAAUAAUCAAUCAGAACAAAGAUCGUCUAAGCAUGAAUCAUUACCUAAAAAUGAUCAUACACAACAAAAUAUUAAUGGAACACCAAGAUCACGACAAUCUGAUGAGAUGUCAUAUACUACUAUUCAUCCACAACAACCUCGUCAAAUAGCUAAAUUGAAAACAGAAGAUCAUAAUAUUUGGCAAAGAACCUUGAAUACAGAUACAGUACAAUAUCAAGCACAAGCACAACCACAUCAUUCACAACAACGUUCUGAUCAAACAUCAUAUUACAUGCAAGGAAAUAAACGAAAUGAAGCAGUUUUUCAAACAACUAUCCCAGCUAAAGCUACUUUACCGGAAAUAAACAAAAAAGCGGUGGUAUUUCCGAGACGAAAUUCACAAUCGAAUGUCACAUCGAAUUCUUCGAUGAAUUCUUCGAUGAAUUCAUCGAUGAAUUCUUCGACGAAUUCCUCGAUGAAUUCCUCGAUGAAUUCUUCGAUAAAUAAAUUUACAUCAUACGCAGGAGCUAUUUCAUCACAAAAUCGGCCACCACCUAUUACGACGAAAAAUUCACAUGACAUUCCUUCUACUUUACCUGGUGAUAAUAAUAUUAUGGCACCUGUGCCAGCAGCAGCAUCUGUGAGGGACGCAACAAAUCAUCAAUGGUAUUCACCAUUUGGAUCAGGACUUUCAAUUCAGUUCAAUCCACCUGUACCACCAGAAGAUAUUCAUAAUAAAUGGGCAUCAAAUAAUUCAGUUACAUCAGCUUCAUUAUUUUCCUCACCGAUGCCAGCAGCAAAUUAUCGUAGAUCAUCUUUAACAUCAACUUCACCGAUAUCAAACUCAAAUGAAUCAACAACAUCCAUUUCAGUAUUUGCAUCAUCACCUUUUUCAACUUUAACUAAUCAUGAUCGACGAAAUUCAACAUCAUUAACGAAUUUUGGGAAAUCAUCAUUAACAAAUUUUGGGAAAUUAUAUAACGUUCAUGAUCAAGAAAAAGGAGAAUUAACAAGUGAAAAAAUAGAAACAAAAGAGUUGAACUUAACCGAUGAGAUGAUACGAGGAAGAAGUUUGAAGUCCAAAAUUUUGAAUAAUAAAGAUAAAAUGAGUGAGGGUAUGAUAAAUUCAGAUCAGGGACAAAAUGUACCACAAUUUUCUUUGUUUGAUAAACAAUUAUCAUUUCGCAUGUACCCUUCAAAAUCUUAG